AUGCUUGGAUUCAUCUCUAGAUUUUCUAGAGGCAUACACAGUCCGGCUGCUCUUCGCUCUCUGUACUGCUCCCUUGUAAGACCCAUCGCAGAAUACGCAAGUCCAGUGUGGUCCCCGUACACUAUCAGCUCCCAGAUGAGAUUAGAGGCUUUACAGCGCCGAUUCAUUCGGCUGGUUGGGGUCCGACUUGGAUAUGGCUACCUGGAUGUUCCCGUUGACGACAUCGCUAGAGUUCUCCACCUACCAUCUCUCGCCCGGCGACGUGAAGUGGCUGAUGUUGUGCUUCUUUGGAAGAUUGUUAAUGGCCAGGUGCAGUGCCCCCAGAUCUCCUUGCCGAGAUUGACUUGA